UUCCAUUGCCGAAGACCAGUUCCAAUGUCCAUUCAAGAUGUAUGGCUGGAAAUGAACCGAAUCACUACAUCACUCGAAGUCUUCAUUUCUUGAAGUCCAUGGGACCGAGACUGCCGUCAGAGUGCUCUGCUGAGGCGAUGAGCAUACGGAUCAAAAAACGCCCGAAGAACGUAGACCAGACAUUCGAACAAGCUAUCAGACUAUCAAGUGAACUCUUCUCCGAAGAUUUGCAUUUGGUGAAAUGGAAGCAGUCCAGUCUGGAAAAUCUCCAGCAACUCCUUGUUCGCCAGAAAGUCAACUAUUCGCGUUGUCCGAAGAACUCAACCCCCAAAAAAACAAAGACGAAGAAAAUGGAAGAUUACUUCAAAGACCUGAGAGACUUUUUAUCAAAAGAAAAUCACAGCCUUUGUGCAUGGGAAAUUGUAAGAGCUGAGAUGGAGAGCCUCUUUGAAACAUUGAGGAAUUCUCAAUUUAUUGUCAACAUGAAGAAUCGGAGAAAAGACUGAAGACAAUGCUAUCUAUAUUUAGAUAUUAUAUAUCAUUGAAUUGUAUAAAUUCAGUUAUAAGCUAUAUUAUUUAUUCUCGUUAUUUA